AUGGUCCCUGAUGCGGGCGGUACAUGGCCCUUGCUUGGUCAUCUCCACCUCUUGGGCGGUCCCCUACCUGCCCACUUUGUCCUGGCCCAGAUGGCUGACAAGUACAGCCCGAUCUUCACCAGCAGGUUGGGCCUCUGCUCUGCUGUGGUGGUGAUUACGUGGGAACUUGCCAAGGACUGCCUCACCACCAGUGACUGGGCCUUCGCCACUUGGCCCAAGUCUGUAAGCACGGAGAUCAUGACCUACAACUAUGCGAUGGUCGGCUUCAACCCAUACAGCCCGUACUGGCGCCAUGUGCGAAAGAUUUUGACCCUCAAGCUUCUUUCCAACCAACAGAUUGGGCUUCUCAGGCUAGUCCGUGAGUCCAAGGUCAGCUCGAUCAGGGACCUAAAUGAGGAAUACCAGAGCAAGAACAUAAAUUACAGUAGCACCAGUGCACCGAUGACUGGUGGAGCUUUAUUAGUGGACAUGAAAAAGUGGUUCACGGACAUAAGUGUGAACAUAAUGUUAAGGACGAUUUUCGGGAGGCGACUUAAUAAUCAUGGUGAAGCCGACAAGGAGAGAGAGGUCUCGAGAAAGUACAUGAAGCUCAUAAGGAGAUUUGUGGUGGCUGAUGGGCUCCAGCUCCUGAGGUGGCUCGACUUGGGUGGCCACGGGAAGGACAUGUUCCGAGGAGCUCAACCAGAUGGUGCAACGGUGGUUGGACGAGCACAAGGCAAUGAUUUUAGCUGGCUCAGACACUACAACAGUAACCAUGACAUGGGCAAGAACUUGACAUCCAGAUCGGGAGGGACAGACGCCGGGGAUGGAGCAGUUGACAUGGAGGAAGCUGUGGAGCUGACCAAUCUCAAGGCCACCCCUCUCGAAGUUCUCGCCACUCCUCGUGUUCCGAGACAUGUGUAUAAUCUGUAA